AAGUUAUGAGCACACAGGAGACACCAACGGUCAACAGUCAAGAUCGCUCUUUUUUCUCUCUCUUAAUCGAAAAUGGCUUGCAGCAUCUCCACUCAAUCCGCGUUCAACCUCAAGCAUUCCAAGUCACACUCCUCACUACUUCAUCAACCCAAGAAAUUGCAAACCCUCUUCGCAAAGCCACCUUCAAAGGUUUCGUUCAACCCACUCUCGGAUGGUUCGUUUGAAAGCCAUCGAGUGUUCAAGAAGAGGGGCCUGCUUGCUGGUGGCGCCUUUACAUGGAAGGUUCGAGCCUCUGCAGGGGGAGAAGCAAAGCCGCUUGAUUCUGAAACAGCACAUCAAGAAUCCUUCUCCUGGUCUUCUGUUAUUCUUCCGUUUCUUUUUCCAGCCUUGGGAGGCUUGUUAUUUGGUUAUGACAUAGGUGCAACCUCUGGUGCCACCAUAUCAUUGCAGUCUCCUGAUCUUAGUGGCACAACUUGGUUCAACCUGUCAGCCAUUCAGCUAGGCCUUGUGGUUAGCGGUUCCCUUUAUGGAGCUCUUCUUGGUUGUCUUCUGGUUUUCCCAAUUGCAGAUUUUCUUGGGAGGAGGCGAGAACUCAUCAUAGCAGCCCUACUAUAUGCGCUUGGUGGCUUUAUCACCAGCUAUGCUCCAGGCCUUGGGGUUCUUUUAGCAGGUCGGCUUCUAUAUGGUCUUGGUAUUGGCCUGGCUAUGCAUGGGGCUCCUCUUUAUAUUGCAGAGACUUGCCCAUCUCAGAUUCGUGGGACUCUAGUAUCAUUAAAAGAACUUUUCAUAGUUUUAGGCAUUCUGUUGGGUUACUUCGUGGGUAGCUUUCAGAUUAAUGCAGUUGGAGGGUGGCGUUACAUGUAUGGUGUCAGUGCUCCUCUUGCUCUGAUAAUGGGACUAGGCAUGUGGAGUCUCCCUCCAUCUCCACGCUGGCUACUUCUCCAGGCAGUUCAAGGUAAAGGAUCUAUACAGGAGUACAAAGAGAAGGCUGUCCUUGCAUUGAGCAAGUUGAGGGGUCGACCUGCUGGUGACAUGGUGUCUGAGAGGCAAAUAGAAGACACCAUCGGCUCUCUGAAGUCUGCUUAUAUGGAUGAAGAAUCAAAAGGAAGUUUCUUGGAAGUAUUUCAGGGACCAAGCUUGAAAGCAUUCAUAAUUGGUGGAGGGUUAGUCCUCUUUCAACAGAUAACAGGACAGCCAAGUGUUCUAUAUUAUGCUGGUCCUAUCCUCCAGAGUGCUGGAUUCUCUGCGGCCUCUGAUGCUACUAGAGUUUCAGUAGUGAUUGGGCUAUUUAAGUUGCUGAUGACAGGCAUUGCCGUCCUAAAAGUUGAUGAUAUUGGGAGAAGACCCUUACUGAUUGGAGGUGUCAGUGGACUUGCUCUAUCCUUGUUUCUUCUUUCUGCUUAUUACAAAAUCCUUGGAGGGCUUCCUUUUGUUGCUGUUGCUGCUUUACUCCUUUAUGUUGGCUGCUACCAGAUAUCAUUUGGACCUAUCAGUUGGCUUAUGGUAUCAGAGAUAUUUCCACUUCGUACAAGAGGAAAAGGGCUUAGUCUUGCAGUUCUUACAAACUUCGGUUCAAAUGCUGUCGUAACCUUUGCUUUCUCACCAUUAAAGGAGCUGCUGGGCGCAGACAACCUUUUCCUUCUUUUCGGGGCGAUAGCUUUGGUGUCACUUGCAUUUGCAGUAAUCUUUGUACCAGAAACAAAAGGAUUGAGCUUGGAAGAAAUAGAAUCGAAAAUCUUGAAGUGAGAGCCACAACAGGCAGAGUUUUUCAAGCUCCCAUUACCAAAAACUUGAGUUAAUCUGUCGACAUGCUUCUCAGCGUAGCUGUGGGGUGUGGUCUCUGUACCAAGUCCCUCUAAAUCUAUUGUGUUGCUCUGCAACUAUUCUCGUCCUAUCAAUAUAAAAGAAGAGAAAUUCCAUUUCUCUCUAUUAAGAAAGUUGAAGUGGUUGCAUGCAAGCUGAUUUCUUUCAUCAGAAAUCUGAUCAAAAUUUCCUGUAUAUGGCAGACCGAUUUGUGUUCUAAAUUUGGGAUCUGUUGUUUAACAAAAUGUAUUGAAAUUCAAUUUAAAAAUGAGCAAACAAGUAGCCAACUUUGCAUGGUU